CGUCGAGCUCCAGGAGCGCCCUGAGCUUAGAGGGCUGAGACGGAGCCGGCGAGUCCCAGCAGAGCAGGGGUGGCUUGGCGACGGGUCCUCGCGCUUGGAGGACAGAUGUGCCUGGGAGUAGAAGCGCGUGGACCCGAGUUCGGGUGAAGCUCUUAGGAAGGGCAAGAGAUGCAAGCGGAGGAGCCCCGCGCCCCUGGUGCCCCCGGCGCUCAGGGAACGAGGCGCACGCCGGGCCCCGAGUUGCGGCUGGCCAGCCAGUUGCUGCCCGAGCUCUAUACCUUCGUGGCGCGCGUGCUGUUCUACCUGGGGCCUGUCUACCUAGCCGGCUAUCUUGGGCUCAGCAUAACCUGGCUGCUGAUCGGCGCCCUACUGUGGAUGUGGUGGCGCAGGAAUCGCCGCGGGAAGCUCGGGCGCCUGGAGGCCGCCUUCGAAUUUCUGGACAACGAGCGCCAGUUCAUCAGCCGCGAACUGCGGGGCCUGCACCUGCCUGCCUGGAUCCACUUCCCUGACGUGGAGCGAGUUGAGUGGGCCAACAAGGUCAUCUCACAGAUCUGGCCCUACCUAAGCAUUAUCAUGGAAAACAAGUUCCGGGAGAAACUUGAGCCCAAGAUCCGGGAGAAGAGCAUCCACUUGAGGACCUUCACAUUCACCAAGCUCUACUUUGGACAGAAGUGCCCCAGGGUCAAUGGUGUCAAGACAUACACCAACAAGUGCAACCGAAGACAGGUGGUCCUGGACCUGCAGAUAUGCUACAUUGGCGACUGUGAGAUCAGUGUGGAGCUGCAGAAGAUACAGGCUGGUGUGAAUGGGAUCCAGUUGCAGGGCACCCUGCGGAUCAUCCUGGAGCCCCUCUUGGUGGACAAACCCUUCAUAGGAGCCGUGACUGUGUUCUUCCUUCAGAAGCCGCACCUGCAGAUCAACUGGACAGGCCUGACCAACCUGCUGGAUGCCCCAGGAAUCAAUGAGUUGUCAAACAGCCUGCUGGAGGACCUCAUUGCUGCCCACCUAGUGCUGCCCAAUCGUGUGACUGUGCCUGUGAAGAAGGGGCUGGAUGUGACCAACCUGCGCUUCCCUCUGCCCUGCGGGGUGAUCAGAGUCCACUUGCUGGAGGCAGAGGACCUGGCCCAGAAGGACCACUUUCUGGGGCUCCCACGCAAGUCAGACCCCUACGCCAAGGUGAGCAUCGGCCUGCAGCAUUUCCAGAGCAAGACCAUCUAUAGGAACCUGAACCCCACCUGGAACGAGGUGUUUGAGUUCAUGGUGUAUGAGGUCCCUGGGCAGGACCUGGAAGUUGACCUGUAUGAUGAGGAUCCUGACAGGGAUGACUUCCUGGGCAGCCUGCAGAUCUGCCUCGGGGAUGUCAUGCUGAACAGAGUGGUGGAUGAGUGGUUUGUCUUGAAUGACACAACCAGCGGGCGACUGCACCUGCGGCUGGAGUGGCUUUCACUGCUCACUGACCAGGAUGCUCUGAUGGAGGACCACAGUGGUCUCUCCACUGCCAUCCUUGUGGUCUUCUUGGAGAGUGCCUGCAACCUGCCGAGAAACCCUUUUGACUACCUGAAUGGUGAAUAUCAAGCCAAAAAACUCCCUAGGUUUGCCAGGAAUAAGGUCAGCAGAGACCCUUCUUCCUACGUCAAGCUAUCCGUAGGCGAGAAGACACACACAAGUAAGACCUGUCACCACAGCAAGGACCCUGUGUGGAGCCAAGUGUUCUCCUUUUUUGUGCAGAAUGUGGCAGCUGAGCAGCUCCAUCUGAAGGUGCUUGAUGAUGACCAAGACUGUGCUCUGGGUGUGCUGGAGUUCCCCCUGUGCCAGAUCCUCCCCUAUGCUGACCUCACCCUUGAGCAGCGCUUUCAGCUGGACCACUCAGGCCUGGACAGCCUCAUCUCUAUGAGGCUGGUGCUUCGGUUUCUGCGUGUGGAGGAACGAGAGCUGGGCAGCCCAUACACAGGACCUGAAGCCCUAAAGAAAGGUCCUCUGUUCAUUAAGAAGGUGGCCACCAACCAGGGUUCCAAAGCUUCACCCCAGGGAGAAGGUUCUGCAGAUGUGCCAUGUCCUCCAGGUCCUGCUUCUGACACCACGGAAGCAUCUAAGAGCACCUCAGACACCACCAGUGCUACCACUGCUGCCACCAUGCCCACACCCCAAGAGACAGGCCCAGAGCCCAAAGGCAAGGACAGUGCCAAAGGGUUCUGUGAGCCCAUGGGGGAGAAGAAGAGUCCAGCCACCAUCUUCCUGACUGUCCCAGGCCCCCACUCUCCAGGGCCCAUCAAGUCACCCAGACCCUUGAAAUGCCCUGCCUCCCCAUUCGUAUGGCCGCCCACAAGGCUGGCUCCCAGCAUGUCCUCGCUCAACUCCCUGGCCUCUUCCUGCUUUGACCUGACAGAUAUCAGCCUCCACAUUGAAAGCGGGCAUCUCAGGCAGCGGAGGCUGGGCGAGAUUCAGCUCACAGUGCGCUACGUGUGUCUGCGGCGCUGCCUCCGUGUGCUGGUCAACGGCUGUAGAAACCUGACACCAUGUACCAGCAGUGGAGCUGAUCCCUACGUCCGUGUCUACUUGUUGCCAGAAAGGAGGUGGGCAUUUCGUAAGAAGACUUCAGUGAAGAGGAAGACCCUGGAACCCCUGUUUGAUGAGACAUUUGAAUUUUUUGUUCCCAUGGAAGAAGUAAAGAAGAGGUCACUCGAUGUCGCAGUGAAAAACAGUAGGCCCCUGGGCUCACACAGAAGAAAGGAGUUAGGGAAAGUACUGAUUGACCUAUCAAAGGAAGAUCUGAUUAAGGGCUUUUCACAAUGGUAUGAGCUGACUUCAGAUGGACAGCCCAGAAGCUGAUGAGGAGGAGUAUCAUUAUCCCCUGUAUGUUAAAGCAUGUACAUAUGUAUAUUUUGUCAUUUAAAUAUGAACAGCCAUUGGAUGAAAAUAUAUACAUGCAUUCUUGUGUGGAAUGUAACUGCGUGACUGAAUAGUAUAAGGAAGAGGUAGAGUUAUUUAAAAAACAAAAUAAAACUACUUUUUCGUGGUUGGAUCUUAUUCAAAACGAGAAUGAAAUGGUCUAUUUGUGCCUAGUAAGUUAUCAAAACUUCAGUGUGAUUUUUUCACUUUCGGUAAUUAUAUGUCAUCUGAUUUAA